UUAGAAACAAAAUACUAAAUUCCCGGAUUGAAUCUCAAAUCACUUUUAGGUCAGUGAUUAAGCUUCCUUUUAUUGCUUAUUUCAAGUUUCAAUUUUUUUAGGGUUUUGUUUUGAGUGAUGUUAAAUUGUCAUAGCUUGUUCAUGAGCUCCUUCAAUGGCUAUAAAGCUUUCAUCGUUAACAUUUUCAAACAAAAUCCUCAGAUGGGUCAAUUUAACUGCAUCUAUUUCUACACUUUCGUGUGCUAAUACACUCCAACUUACUGAUUUUGAAGUAAAAAUUCAAUCUUUAAGGAAUAAGCUAUGCCCGGAUAAUCUUAUCCGGGUUUUGGAUACCACCGGUGACGUAAACUCUGCUGUGAAGAUAUUCAAAUGGGUAUCUCUCCAAAAAGGGUUUCAACACACUGCUGACACUUAUUGUAAGAUAAUUUUGAAGCUGGGUUUGGCUGGAAAGGUUGAACAAAUGGAGGGGUUUUGUCGAAAUAUGGUAAAAGAUAAGUGCCCAAAUGCAAAAGAAGCUCUUAUUUCAUUAGUUGAAUUGUUUGUUAAAAAUUGUAGGGUGAAUGAGGCAAUAAGGGUUCUUGUGAGUAUGAAUUUGGGUGGUUUUAAGCCCUCAGUUGAUGUAUUUAAUGUUGUGUUGGGUGCCAUUGUGAAGGAGAAGAGAGGUUUUGAGGAUGUGGUAUUUAUUUAUAAGGAGAUGGUGAAAGCAGGAGUUGUGCCAAAUGUUGAUACUUUGAACUUUUUGUUGGAGGUUUUGUUUGAAACUGGUAGGAUUGAGUCUGCUUUGGAUCAAUUUAGGAGAAUGAACAAGAAAGGGUGUAGUCCUAAUAGUAGGAGUUAUGAGAUAGUAAUAAAGGGUCUUAUUUUGAGCAAUCGAGUGGAUGAUUCGGUUAUCGUUUUAGGUGAGAUGUUUGAUGUUGGAUUUGAGCCUGAGUUGAGUUUCUAUACCUGUAUAAUACCAUUGUUUUGUUGGGAAAAUAAACUAGAGGAGGGAAUCCGAUUGUUCAGGAUGAUGAGGGCUUCAAAUCUUUUGCCGGAGGAGUUGACUUAUAGGGAGUUGAUUAGAUGCAUGUGUAAGAACCAUAGAUUAGAUGAUGCAAAUAAUCUUCUUGAAGAGAUGACAGAAAUUGGUAUAACACCGGCUGUUGAUGUGCUUGUUGAUAUAGUAGUAGGACUUUGUGCAAUAGAAAAAUUUGAUGAGUCUGUGAAUUUCUUGGAAGACAAAUGUGGUUACAUAACUUCUCCGUACAACGCUAUGCUUGAAGGUUGCUGCAAUGCUGGUAAAUUUUCUAUGGCGAAAAGUAUUUUGGACAAAAUGGCUGAGAGAAACAUUACUGAUUGUGAUUCUUGGAAUAUUCUAAUCAGAUGGCUUUGUGAGAAUGUGGAGAUAAGGAAAGCGAAUGAACUUCUUGGUAGAAUGAUUACAUUUUCCAUGCUUCCUGGCUGUGCCACAUACUCGGCUCUUGUUGUAGGCAACUCUAGAUUGAGAAAGUAUGAGGAUGCUCUGCAGGUGUUCCGUCGAGGUUGUAUCAAAAGUUGGGUUCUGGAUUCUGUAUCGUACUUGGAGCUAGUGGAAGGCCUUUGCCAGGCAGGAAAGAUUAUUGAGGCUGCUGAGGUGUUUCACUACAUGUCUAAGAAUGGAUGUUCCCUCAAUUCUUCUUCAUUCAAUAAGUUGAUAAGCAGCAUGUGUGGCAUGGGGCUAGUAGAUAAAGCAAUUAGGCUACGGGGUUUGGCUUACAGUUCUCAUACUUCUUAUACUACUUUAACUUACACCAAAAUCAUGCUUGGAUUGUCUAAAUUAAAAAGGGCUAAAGGACUUAUGGUAGUACUGUCACAAAUGCAGGUGGAUGGUUGUGCUCUUGAUGUGGAAGCAUAUUGCAUCCUCAUACAAAGCAUGAGCGCACAACAUCGAACUAAGGAUGCUGUUUUAUUUUUCAAUUUGAUGGUUAACGAAGGUUUUGUGCCUGACAGGGAAACUAUGCAUACUCUAUUGUGUUGUUUGGCUAAUUAUUCUCAGUUGGGCAUGGUUUUAACAGGGAUUGAUAAACUUGUUUCCUAUAGUGAUAUUCUGGAUUCAUCAAUGUAUAACGUACUAAUAAAUGGCCUCUGGAAAGAGGGUCUAAAAGUUGAGGCUUCCCGGUUAUUGGAUCUAAUGUUAGAAAAAGGUUGGGUACCAGAUGCUACAACUCACGGACUGUUGGUUGGGUCUUUUGUCACAAAAGAUACAAAUGGUGAAACAUUUGCAUAUGAAGACUCCAUGCAAGACAGUGUUAGCAACAUACUGGCCGAGGGAUUGGGAAAUACAUGACCAGUUCCCAUACUUGACAAUGAAGCUGUCAUUAGAAAGUUUCAUAAUUACCCUGGUGGAAAACUCGCCUUGACGGAUCUAAGCUUCUCGGGGAUCUAAUUUCGCAGUUUUGGUCAGAGUUGCAU